AAACAAACGAGGUAUGAGAUAAAAAAUUAUCGAUAUAUUUCGCAUGACAAGGAAAAAAAUAGAAAAGAAAAGAAAAAGAUAAAAGGAUGAAUAUGGCAUGUUAUCUGUUCUGAGAGAUUAGUGACUUUUAAAAAAAGUUGAUCCGAUUUAAGGAGAACUAAUUUCCAGUUGGAAUCAGGAAAAACAAAUAAACAAUCAACAUGAUUUAUCUCUUCAACUUCCACCUAGUUACCAGUUGUUUUAACAACUUAGUGCACAAAAAUAGAUAGCCUUAGCACCUUAGUGCUCAGACUUUUCACUUUCGGUAUUGCUGGUUAUUUUUUUUCUUUAUUAUAAUUUUCGACAAAUGAACGAUUGUCUGCAUUCCUUAAUGACGGUAUCUUUGAAGUUUGUGCGUCAUGAUAAGGUAUGGUAACUCACAAAAAUGAAAUAUAUCCGUGUGUUGUUAAGUUCAUGGAAUAAGAGAUGAAGUUGUAUAACAAAAAUAAUGACGAUGUUCAACAACACAACCACAAAUGUGUCACAAGCUCUACCACGUGCGUCUCCAGAAGAACCGCUCGAAAUGGUUAUUCCACUCAUGGUGUGCUGUGUUAUAGCGGUUAUAUCAAAUUUAUUCGUCUGCUAUCUCAUUUUGACAGUUCGUCGUUUGAAAACGACUACAAACGUUUUCGUUUUUAGUCUAUGCAUUUGCAACAUUAUGUUUAGCGCUGUGCUACUCCCCGUCCACUGUUUCUACCAAAACAGCUUGUUAUAUUUGUACUUAGUCAUCAUCACUGUCGUAAUUUAUAUCGGCAAUCUUACAGCAGCAACAUACGAGAGGUUAUACUCGAUAACAAAACCGCUAAAAUAUCAUCUCGUAAUGACGAAACAAAACGCUAUUAAAAUUACCAUUGUCGCGUAUAUUUUACCGCUAGCUUAUUGUUUCUUGCCGCUAAUUUGGAAAACUAACACUACUUUGCUAGUUCACAAAAUUUACGUCGUUGGUACCUUGGCUAUAUUCCUAAUCGGACCGCUGGUCUUUAUUCUGUUCGUUUACAUUAAGGUUUGUUUGGAGAUUAGAAAGAUGGUCGUGUAUAAGAAGAAACUUACGAUUUCUUGUAGCACCGAUGUAGACAGUCGCAGUGAAGCUAAGAGCAGAAAAAAAUGUAACACAAGCAAAAGCCAGAUUUCUCGAUUUCUAUGCUGUUGUAAUGUUAAGUCUGGAACAAUGACGAAAAUGGGCGAAAUUCCAGAAAAAGCUCUGCUGGACAAAAAAAACCGCCAAAAAUCAAUAUCGUUUGACGAUUCUUCCGAAGUGUUUCACGAAAGAGGAACAGCAAGCAUUUCUACAGACAGCAAUCAAAACAACGUUCGCAGGGACAGUACGGACGAAAGACAAAGCCUACAAAGUAACAACUUAUUUGACCGGCACACGAAACGAAAAUCAAUCAGUAACAUAGCUCGCUCAUUUGUUUCGCACAAUAGCAGACGAAAAUCUAGUACCAGUAAAACAAAAAUUAAAAUGGCGGAAUUAAAAGCCUCUUUUGCGUUUGCCAUCGUCGCAUUUACAUAUAUGUUUACAUGGUUACCUGUCGUUGUCAUGACAACGCUUGAAGCACUUGACAAGCAAGAACUAACUCCUCCCAGUUUAGUGGUCUUCUCGAUAUUUGCUAUCGCGUUGAACGCGUUGACCGACCCUUUCUUAUACGCAUUGUUGUUACCGAAUUUCCGUACAACCUUGCGAAAAAUGCUUCGUAGAAGAAGGAAAAGUUACUGAAACUUGAGACAAAUAUUUAAAAAAAAUCUUUUAGAAAAUUAAAUGUUUCUUUCUGUAAAUUUUAUUUUCUAGUAAAUUUGGUAUAACACGCA